AUGCUUUCCGAAUCAUUCGUCGCGUCGACGCUGUCUUCUGCGAAAACUCCGACCGCCACGCUACGUGAUGUCGGCAUUUGCUUGCAGGAAUUCCAGCCUUCCCCUCAGCUGCGAUCGACUUUCAAGAAGAGCUCCACCACCACCAAUUGCCUGGCUGUAAGCCCGUCGCAUAUCUUCUCCGCCCAGGCAGACAAGGCUGUGGUCCAUGUAUACAGUCGCGAAAAGGGAAACCAGGAGGCUUUAGUGCCUUUUCCGGAACGAAUUCGCAGCAUUGCGGUUGCCGGCGCAAAGUAUGGAGAUGUGCUGGUGUUGGGAACCGAGGGCGGCCGAUUGAUCCUAUGGGAGACAUGUACCGGACGUCAAGUGGCUACCACAGCUUCUCACCUUCAGCCCGUUACCUCUAUCGUCGUCGACCCCACCUCUAAUUUCAUUCUUUCUGGCUCUGACGACGCCAGCAUACACGUCUGGUCCAUUCCCAACAUUCUAUCCUUCUCCAAGCCCGCCCAAGGCCGGGAUCGCCAGCCUUCGAACGCACCUAUCCGCACCUUCUCCAACCACCGCGCUGCCAUCACCUCUCUUGCCGUUGGACACAGCGCUGGCCGCCACAAUAUCGCCGUGUCGACUGCCAAAGACAAUACCGCAAUUGCAUGGGACUAUCAGACUGGACGAGUCCUCCGAACAUAUCUUCUUCCGUUCUCCGCGACAUGCGUGGCUUUGGACCCGGUCGAUCGAGCCUUCUACGUCGGAUAUGAGGAUGGAAGCGCACAAUCAAUAGUCUUUUAUCGCAGCAACUCGGCACAGAACCCUCUCCACGACCCGUCUCUACAGUCUACACCAGCUCAGGUGUCAGCCGAAGAUCGAUGGCUCCCUCCCUCUGCGGACUCGGGUGCCAUCAAGGCCCUCGCCCUCUCCUACGAUGGGACCACAUUAUUGUCUGCUCACGAGAGCGGUAAAGUUCUAUCAUGGAAUAUUGCGCGUCGGAAAUUCACAGCCUCCAUCGCCGAUUAUACGCAUCCCGUCACAAACCUGGUCAUGCUGCCACCAAACGGCCUGCCGCUCUCUUCGCAGGACCUCAAGCGGACGAUACAUACAAUUGUGAAGCCACGCGUUGACAAUUCCUUUGCCGAUCCCGCUCAUGCGCCUGGCGCAGUCCCAGCCGAAUACGCAUUCAACACACACAUCCUCGCAUCAUCAACACAACCAAAAUCCCGCAAGCCCUCUCAAUUCUCCCAAGCUCUCACCCAUGCAUACUUCCCCGAUUCCAUGAUCGAGGAAGGCCUUGCCGAACUAGCUGCAUUGCGUCAACCAGGUGGAAGCGAUGUCAUCCGCGUCGCGGCUACCAGUUCCUCCCAUGCAGAUACCUCGGUCCCGGCAACCACGCAGGAGGAUACCCACGUUGCAGACCUUGAGGCCGAAGUAGCCAUGCUGAAGAAAAGGGUAGCAGUGAACGAUACCGCGCGACACGCGAAUGCCAGCGAGGUUACGAAGUUGCGCUCGGAUCUCGCCCAGCUGCAAGAUUACAUUAAUGAGUUGCAUGAGAAGCAGGAGGCAGCUCAGCAGGACAAAGUACAGCGUCAAGCUAGGAAGGAAGAGCGCGAAACCAAGCGUCGUGAAGCUUGGCUUGCUGCGGAGAAGAAGGGUCGCAAUGGUGAUGCCGUGAUGAGAAAGAUGGAGAUUGACGAUGGCAUGCUGACGAGCGAGUCUGAUGACCAGAGUGAUGAGUAG